AUGAACACUAACAACAAUAGCAUGCUUCCUCCUCCUCCUUCUCUCUCCAAAGAUGAUAGCGUCCUCGGAAUGAACCGAACCGAACGACUCCGAAGACAACACCAACAAAUGCAACGUCCCAAUAUGCCAGUUACACCCACACUCCCAAAAACCUCUCACUUUCAAACCUCCUCUUCCUCUCAUUUGGAAAAUAGAAAUCCACAACAAUUAACUCCUCAAAUACAAGUCUCUCAAGUACACAACACACAACAAGGAACCUCCUUUACCAUUGAACUCGAUACAGCAGUACCGAAAAAGACUCUUCCUCCUCACUUGGCAGAACGUUUGAGUAAACGUACAAGUGUUCCUAAAACGGUUAAAGAUUCAGAGAUGGGUGGAAUGGAAGAUCAACAGAAUACUGCCAUGCAAACAACAACAUCUGCACCCACUACAACAAGAAAAUCCAUGAGUGCUGUUACUACGUCCAACGUUUCAUCCACCGCGAACUCUUCAAAAUCAACAAACAUUAUAGAAUUUCAGAAAAGAAAGAGUCUUGGAUUGAGGCAAACGAGUCUCUUCAACAAGGCGAAUGCAUCAUUGUCGGCCUCGAAUGGAGCCAUGACGACGAAUCAACAAGGUUCUACGACUCUGACGUAUACGACCUUUGAUAUGCCCUCGACCGCAUCAGCAACAGCCAAUCAUGGACUCACUCUCGAUGAUGACUUGGAAAUUGGAUUUGAAUCGAAUAGUAAUGGAUCUCCCUUACUUGCAAUGCCUAAUGCAAUGACUCAACAACCAACAUCCGUUGCAUCAACACAGCACGGCUCGUUUGGAAUGAUGGCACCACUUUCACAACAACAAGUGAAUCCUUCAUGUCAAUUCUCUCAAACCAAUAUGAACGCUUGUGUCACACAACCUUCUCAAAUGAAUUUUGGGUUUUCUUCUCAACACGAACCUCAACAACAAUUUGGUGGCUUCUCCUUUACUCAAUCACAACCAGUGGCUCCUUCUCAACAAGCAUCAUUUACUUUUGGUCAACAACAACAGCAAGAACAACCACAACAACAAACCUUUUCUGCAAACUCAAUGAAUGAAAGUGUCAACCUUGGCAAUUCUCAAAGUCAACAACAACAGCAAGAACAAGAGAAACUCAAACAACAACUAGCAAUGGAACAACAACGACUUUGCGAGCAACAACAACAACAACAAUUAAUGGAUCAACAACAAAUGUGGCAACAAGCACAAGAACCCUCCCAACAACAGCAACAGCAAAAUCCUCAACUAUAUCCCUCUGUAAGUCCUCCAAAUUUCUCUCCUCUUGUAAUGUCUGGCCAACUCUCUGAAGAAAGUCAAAGGUUGUAUUAUGAGAUGCAAAUGCAAAGAGCAGAGAUGGAAAGAGAGCGUCAGGCCCAUAUGGAAAUGAUAUUAAGAGAGAGAGCAGAGAUUGAGAUGACUCGAGAAGUACUCCAUCGACAACAAAUGGAGCUACAAGCAAAGAUGCAAGAAAUGGAACAAUUGAAACAAGGAAGUACCCAAAAGAAUGGACGUACUAUGUCUCCUGAUGAUGACGAACGUAAGAAGGAAGUUGAGUCAAGAAGAAAUGAAAAGAGACACAUUCAAAGAACAGAAAUUUUGAAGUCAAAACGUGAACUUAAUUUGUUAAAUGUUGACAAGCUGUCAAGAGCUUCCAGGGAAAAGCAAAGAGCAGAACGAGAGGAAGAAAAGAAGAGAGUGAAAUCAUUUUUACCUGCAAAUAUCUUCUCUCCUCCCAAACACAAACCAUCCUUUGAUAUCCUUAACAAAAGAGCAUCCAUGUAUAGUGCAGGAACCAGCAUGAGAAGUCCUCCUUCAUCCUCAUCUACCAGAGCCAUUGCCUCACGAGAAUCUAUUGCAAGAAUUUCACAACCAUCUUCCAACAGAAUGUCAUCAAGCGGGCCUUAUCUUGGUCAUGGGCUAACGAACAGAUUAGAAACUCCACAGAGUGCAACCAGCUCUGUUCGUUCCUUUGCAUCCAAGUCAAGCAGCAUUAGAAGUACUGAGGCGUCUCCUGGAAUUAGCAAGAGAAAGCAAGUCGUUUUGGAAAAAACAAGACGAAAAGCAGAAGAAUUUACUAGAAAGAAAUUAUCACAUCGUCAUAACGACAACACCCCAUGUCAACAUUAA